AUGGAAGAACCUACUACCCAGUUUUCCGACGAGGAGCUGGUGGACAACUUCCCAGCCAUAGACGAUGAAAGAAUCCAGCUAGAGGAUCCAGAGUUUGAGGUGGAGAUUCCUCUGGGAUUUGAGGACACCGCUGGCCUGGAAUGCGGCUGUUCACCAAAAGAAGUGAAUGCCGAGAAAAUGAAGAAGGCAACCACGAAAGACAGAGUCCAGGCAUUCCACCUUCGGAAGAGCUUGAACCUCCUAGACAAGCUGCAUGAGGAAAAGGACCUUUUUAUUCAGAAGACUAGAGGGGAGCUUCGUGUCUGUCGUCAGAGGAUGGACCUCCUCACCAAACAGCAGGAGAGCUUGGCAGCUGAGAUCGCCGCAGAGAGAGAAGCCAACAACAUGGCCGCUAUGGGCCGUCUGCAGGCUGCAUCCAGACGCUUGCAAGCAGAGCUGGAGAAUGAGAAAGAUCUGCAGUCCAAAAUCACAGCUAUGCUGGAAGACAGUGAGAAUGCCAUGUGGCACAUUGAGAUCCAGAAGGGGCAAUUUGAGGAUGUCCGGAAGCGUAAUGAAGAAGAGGCAGAAGCUAGGCAUAGGUGCCUUGAGGUACACGCAGCUCAGCAGCUUCAAAAGGAGAAAGAGACCUUGGAGAAGGUGGAGAGGAACCGUCUGCUGAGGGCCCGGAACUCCUUGCAUGUGCAGAAGGAGCUGGGGCUGAGACAUCAGAAGCUGGUGGAAGAUGCCCAGAGAAACCACAAGGUGGCAGUGAAGUUCCUGAAGGCCUCUCUGGGGAGAGUUCGGGAGCGAGAGCAGAAGGAGGAGAUGGAGUCCCGAGAGCAUUUGAAGCGACGUAUGGACGCGGUGCUGGCCCUGAAAAACAACAUCACUGCCAGCAGGGAAACACUAAAGAAGUUCCAAGCAUGGGGCCAAAGAAAGGCAGAGCUGACUAAGCAGAAGACCCUGUCAGAGAAGGAAGUGAUCCUGGCCCAAGGUGGAGAUGCGUUCAAGCACCUUUGUCAUCAGCGCAGGCACCAGGAACUUGAAGCCCAGAAGCGGGCUUUUGAAGAGGAGCAGAAACUCCGGAAGCAGGAGAUUGUCAGUCGAAUUCUGAAAGAGGAAGCAGAGGAAGAACACAGGAGAAAGAAGCAGCAUCUGCCCUCUACAACCAAAGAGAAGCAGACUCUGAGAGACAAAACCUGGAAGUACAUCUCUGACUUUUGUGAGGGGAAGACUGCCAUGACCAUAAACUACCUGGUGGAAAAUGACACGGCAUUGUACCCCAAGCCUUCCAGUCUAUUGAAAGCCAUAUCCAGUGAGUCUGUGCAGGUGGAACUGGGAACCGUUAGUACGGAGGAGGAGGUGCUGACUGAACCAGAUAUCCCUGGGCUUUGGAGCAAAGACUAUAAGUCAUACCAGGUGUCAAAGCCAGAUGCGGAACGGAAACCUGUGGGUGGAACUAAGAUGGACAAGGACAUCCUGGAUCGCACUAUGGAGCAGCUGCGCAGUGGGAUCAUCCACAAGCAGGUGGUGUCUGGGAGGGAGUUCAAGGGCCGCCCAUUCAACAGCAAGCCCGAGGUCAUUCACUUCAAGGAUUUUGAUAUUGGUAAAGUGUACAAGAAGAAGAUCACGUUGAUAAAUGCUACCUACACAAUCAACUAUUGCAAGCUGGUGGGUGUGGAGGAGAACCUGAAGGACUUCAUCCACAUUGACUUUGACCCCCCUGGUCCCAUGUCAGCCGGGAUGUCCUGUGAAGUUCUUGUCACCUUCAAGCCUAUGAUAAAUAAAGAUCUGGAAGGAAAUGUUUCAUUUUUGGCUCAGACGGGCGGCUUUUCUGUUCCACUGAAAUGUUCAACGAAAAAAUGUUCUCUGUCCCUUGACAAGGACCUCAUUGACUUUGGCAGCUAUGUGGUGGGCGAGACCACAUCCCGGAUCAUCACACUGACCAAUGUUGGGGGCCUGGGCACCAAAUUCAAGAUUCUCCUAGAUUCUCAGUUCUAUGAGAUGGAAGAAGUCCAACCCAUCGUGAAAAUAAGCAGCCUUUACACCUGUGAGGACAAAAGUCUCUAUGAGAAGAUCCUUACCAGUCUCUCUGAACAACGUCUUGAUGGCAAUGGGUUCUCCCCACCAGACAUCCUGAGCCGAAAAGAAUCUGAGAAACUGGAUGAAAUGGAGGAAACAGCUGUGGCCAGUGCCAUGACCAUGGUUCCCAGCGAUGAGCAGGCAGAGAUAACCCUGGGGGAGGUAACAGAGGGAGAAAUUGCCCCCUUCAGUUCCAUCAAAGUGCCCAUUAUCUUCACCCCAGUUAUUCCAGGAGAGGUCCAGACUAAGUUCAAGGUCAUGUUUAAGAAUCCAACGUGUCCAACGUUAUAUUUCAGAGCCACUGGUAUUGCUAUUGAUGUGCCAGUCUGGGUGCCAAGGACCAUGGUGGACCUGAAGAUCUGCAUGUAUGACCGACUCUACCAAGACUCUAUCAUUGUCCACACGAGAUCAAAAGCAGCCCUGCGCCUGAAGUUUGAAGUCUGCAAGGAACUGAGAGGCCACAUAGAGCUUCUGCCAGAAACAGGCUACAUCCAGGCCCAGUCCACUUACUCAGUACAGCUCAAGUUCUUGCCUAGACACUCCCUCCCAGAAGACGCAGGAAAGUAUUUUGACCCAGACAGUCGUGUUCUGGAGGCUCCGAUGACAAUCUGGGUGGCUGAUCAGAUCAAACCAGUGGGGUUCACUGUCCAAGCCAUUGUCACCACCUCGGACUUGGAAAUCAGCCCCGAAGAAAUAAACUUUGGCUACUGCACCAUCUAUGAGGCUAUCAGGACAGAAAUCAGCCUCAGCAACCACUCCCUGCUGCCGCAGGAGUUUGGGUUCGUUGGACUUCCAAAGUAUGUGGACAUCCAGCCCAAUGAUGGGUUUGGGUCGAUCUUGCCACUGGAAACUUUGCAACUUGAUGUGAUCUUUCAGCCCUUGAAGGCCAAGGAAUACAGAUUUGAACUGAUCUGCAAAUCCGAAAUAAACCGGUGCUUCAAGGUAUCUUGCCAAGCAGUAGGUGUCCACCCACCCCUGGAGCUGUCCCACUACCAGAUCAAGUUCUCGGCCACUGCCCUGUAUGGCACCACUGUGUCCACACUCUAUGUCAUCAACUCUCACCUGAGCAUGAACAAACUGAUCCUCUCCUUGCCACGAAUUGGGUCAGAGGAAGCCGCCCCAGUGGGGCCAACAUCCUUUGAGUUCUUGCUGCCCCCUAAUCUGCCCAUCACCAUCUCACCGUCCGUGGGGACUGUUUUACCAGGAAAGAGGUGUUUGGUCCAAGUGGCCUUCCAACCUGUACUGCCACAUGAGACAAUCCUCGAGGAAGCCGUUCAGAUCCAGAGCAAGGAGACAGAGAACAAACUGGUGAGUGACCUCCGAAAGGAGACAAUCCAUAAGAAGGAUAUGUGGAAACAGUCUAUGUCUGUGAUGCGGCCUCACACCCGGGACCGUGUUACGCGGUCCUCCGCUCUCCACACCCCAGAGCUGAAGAGGCGGGAGUGUGGAGCCAGUUCCAGUGAAUACAAAGCUGCACAAGCCACCUUGGCCAGAGCCUUCCAGGGGAAGUUUGACAGAUUUGUGAUCCCCUGUGUCGUUGCCAGUGGUGACAUCAAAGACAGGAAGGCAUUGGAACCUCUGAGCUUCAGCCCCCAUAAUACUCUAUAUCUGGAGCUAUGGUGCCCAGCAGUGGCUCCAUCCAUUGUGGUGAUAUCCAACAAAAACCAGACGACCUUUAACUUUGGUGAUAUUGCUGUGGGGCAUCGAAGCAUAAAGAAGAUCACCCUCCAGAACAUUUCUCCUGAGGACCUUACUUUGGAGUUCUCAGUGCUGAACCCCAAUGGCCCCUUCGUCCUGAUAAACCCCUCCAACAAGCUAUGUUCCGGCGAGAUACACACCCUGAUGGUGUCCUUCUCGCCCCAUGAGAGCAUACUGGCUCAAGAAACACUGGACAUCAUCACCAAGAAAGGGACUCUCGCCCUCACCCUCAUGGGCACAGGCGUGGCAUCCAUGAUUACGUGCUCCAUUGAAGGCAACAUCCUCAACAUGGGCUAUGUGCUUGCCAGAGAAUCUUUCUCGACAAAUUUUAAGCUACUGAAUGAGUCCUCACUUCCCAUUAAGUUCUGGAUGCGGCUGGAGAGCCUUUCCAAAAAAAGGGCUGAGACCCGGCAACAGCUACCAAAGUUCCUUACCUCCCAUGAUCAGAGAACUGAAAUUGUUGGCACACAGAACCACAAUGGCCAGAGCGUAUUCAGUGUUGUUCCAGUCGAGGGACUCAUGUUACCCGGGAAGGCUCAAGAAUUCACCGUAACAUUCAGUCCAGAUCAUGAGAGCCUCUACUUCUCUGACCUGCUCCAAGUGGUGCUCUUUGAGAAGAAAGUCUCCCACAAGAUCCUCCUGAAGGGUGCUGCCCGUGAGCACAUGAUGUUUGUGGAGGGGGGAGACCCACUGGACGUGCCUGUGGAGAGCCUGGCAGUGAUCCCUGCCUUGGACCCAGAGCAUAGAGAAGAAGCUGAGGAAAUUAAGCCCAUUCUGGUGACCUUGAACUACGUCCAGUUUGACACAGACAUGCCAACCUCACCUGCCACCCGAGAGCUGCAAGUGGGCUGUAUCCGGACUACCCAGCCAUCACCAAGGAAGACUGUGGAGUUCACCCUGGAGGGUGCCACAUGGCUUCAGCACAAGGGUUUCUCCAUCGAGCCUUGCAGGGGCUCCGUGGAGCGCGGUCAGACCAAGACCAUCAGCAUCUCCUGGGUACCGCCAGCUGACUUUGAUCCAGACCAUCCACUCAUGGUGUCAACCCUGCUGCUGCUCCGGGGGGAUGUAAAGGAAACAUACAAAGUCAUCUUUGUGGCCCACGUGGUGGCUGGGCUUUGA